GCAAUGGCAGCCAGCAUUGAAGUUGUUUGAGGCCAUGCCCAAGGCCAAAGUUCAGCCCGUCGUGUACAGCUACAAUGCUGCCAUCAGUGCCUGUGAGAAGAGUGGGCAAUGGCAGCAAGCAUUGAAGUUGUUUGAGGCCAUGUCCGAGACAAAGGUGCCACCAGAUCUGGUAAGUUACAAUGCCGUAUUUGAUUGUGCUGAAAUUCGGGACAGUUCCAUUGGUGGAGCUUUGUUUGAGAAGUGCAACCUACCAGAGAUUCUGGGAUUAAAGGGCUUUGGCGCUUCAAUGAUCGACCUUCAUGGCCUCUCUGAGGGAACUGCCCGUGUUGUACUCUGUCACUGGCUUUCCACUGCAGUGCCCACAAAGCUGGAGCAGGACAAGGAGUUGACAUGCCUGAUCGUCACUGGGUAUGGUAAGUCUCGGAACCAGUGGCAAACGUCAGAUGUGCGCCAGGCAAGCUUGGAACUCUUGCAAGACGAUCUUGGACUUCAAGCAGCGGUGUUGCCCAAGAACCAGGGUGCAAUUCAAGUUUGUUUGGGCGAGGCAGACUUGCCAGCCCUGCGCAGUGCUGGAGCCAGCUUCAAUCGAUAGGUUCUCUUGUUCAACAGGCAUGAGCUUUAUCACCAGUUUACC